AUGGCGAAGAAACAGCUCUCGUACGCCGAGUGCGAUGCGCUCAUCACGGCUCCCGGCACCGAGUUUGAGAUGGUGACCGUUAUGGAGAACGGGAGUCCCCAGCGUGUGUGGAAGCACGCACCCCCCGACUUCCGUACCUUUUUCGAGGAAUCGAUGCAGAAGUGGAGCGACCGGGUUCUGACCAACGAGCCAGUUCCCGAGCCAGCAGAGUACGAUGCGCGGCAGGACGUGACGUAUGGUCAGGCCCUCGAUAAUGCGUACAGGCUGGCUGCGUGGCUUCGCCAGCAGGGGGUCGGUAAGGGAGACCGCGUCGCUGUUAGCGGUAUCAACUCGUCGGCAUGGCUCACGUCUUUCGUGGCUGUCAACCUCCUCGGCGCAGUGCCCGUGUGCCUCAACUCUACUCUCGUUAAGGAUGCUCAGAUCCACUGCCUGGGCCUUACCAAGCCCAAAAUCGUGCUUGCCGACCAGAAGGAUGCGCAGGUCCUCUCCCCCAUCCGCAACGAGCUCAAGGCCGCAGGCGUCGGACCCCUCUACUCGUGGGACAACCUCGACCACCUGCCGGCCGAUGCGCGGGCUGGCUUCACCUCGCUCGACUACGCCACACUCAAGGUCAACCCCCAGACACUGGCGGACGUCAAGGCCAAGAAAGGCUGUGCCGUCCAGCCCACGGACGACGCACUUAUUCUCUUCACGUCUGGCACAACCAGCCUGCCCAAGGGUGUAAUGAUCACUCAGCGCCAGGGCAUGCAACACAUACACACCGCGUCGAUCCCCGCUGCCCGCGCCGCCCUCCGUGCCGGCGCACCCGUCGAAAUGGCACUUGGGGCCCACGCACCGCCUCCCGAACCGCUUACUGUCCUCAUGCCCGUUCCAAUGUUCCACGUGACGGGUCUUCUGGCCGUGACGGUACGCGUCUUCUUCGCGGGCUCCAAGCUCGUAUUCCAGCGUCGCUGGAGUGUCAAGGACGCCGUCAAGCUCUGUGUCGACCACAAGGUUAACAUGGUUAGCGGCGUGCCCUCGAUCACGACCGCCAUUCUCCAGAGUGGUCUCCUCCCGCCAGACUUCCACUUCGCCGCACUCUCGUACGGCGGUGCAGCACCGGCCAAGCGUCUUGCCGGCGAUGUCAAGGAUCGUUUCCCGGCCGCCUUCAUCAACCACGGAUGGGGCAUGACCGAGGCUGCGGGUUUACACAUCGCCAUCAGUGGACAGGAUUACAUUGAUCGUCCAGACGCCGUUGGCGUGGCAAUCCCCAUCGGCGGAAUGCGUAUCGUCGGCGAAAACAGGAAAGAGGUACCCUUCAACACGUUGGGCGUGCUGCACAUCCGCGGCGGCAACCUCGCAAAGGGAUACCUUGACAAUCCCAAGGCCAACGCCGAGGCAUACACCUCUGACGGGUGGUUCGACACUGGCGACGUGGGCAUCAUUGACGACGACGGUAUCCUGUACCUCCGCGACCGCGCCAAGGACAUGAUCAUCCGCGGUGGGGAGAACAUUGCCUCGGCCGAGGUCGAGAAUGCCGUCACUCAGGACCCGCGCGUUGCUGAGGCCGCGGCCGUCCCCGUCCCCGACCCGGUUCUCGGCGAGCUCGUCGCUGUCGGCGUGUCCCUCGCUCCGGGAGUGACUGCGACCCCCCAGAGCAUCAUUGAUGAGGCUGACAAGCGCCUGCGUUACCCGGCAAGGCCGGUGUUUGUCGUUCUGUGGGAUGGUGAUCUGCCGCACAACGCCAACGGCAAGUUCCAGAAGAACGAUAUUAAGGAGUUGGUUCAACGCAAGUGGAAGGAGCAGGGUGGGAAGCGCAUUGGCCCAGUCAAGGCGCGGUUGUAA